AACAUCAGAAAUGAUCUGAGAAACUCUCAGAUCGCGGUCUCCCUCAAGAGAUUCUUUGGCGCAAGCAUCUCCACUGUGCAAGAGAUGGCCAAAAAGAACUCUGGGGUCUGCGUGCUGCUUUUCCUGGCCUUUCUGUCUGCUUUCGCUGGUGCUUAUUGUGGAUUCUUGCUGGCAAGAGAAUCGUUGACAAAGGAGUUCUUGCAGAUGCUGUCGAUGCAGACUGAUCCACGCUUCAUGAACUCAGGGAACUCGGUGACUGAGCAAACCCAGGGGACUGAAAACCAGAGGGAGAGGGUGUCCUACGUGGCUGAAGAGUGUGACACUGCGAUGAAGGAAUGCCAGGUCUUGAAAGGAGCAGUGCCUGUGAGGCCUCGGGAAAAUUGCUUCACCAAGUCUGACCGGGCUCUGAAAAGUGCAGGGGUCUCCAUGGACCUGCAGAGAUCAUCCAGGUCUGCAUGGUACUGCAGGGUGGCUUGGAUCCUGUGCGCUCCAAACAUGCUGGAGACCUUUGAGCAGCUGGACAUUUCCCCGGGAUACUGCUGGCCUAUGAAAACAUCUAACAGCCAGAUUGUCUUCAACUUGCCCACAGAAGUCCAGCCGACUGCAGUCACUGUGCAGCACACGGUGGACACAACCUUGUGGCACAUCAGCAGCGCUCCCCGUGACUUUGCGGUCUUUGGACUGGACAAGGAAGGAGAGAACGAAGAGUUGCUUGGGCAAUUCACCUAUAAUAUCAGGGAAGAGCUGUCCCAGACCUUUGAACUGCAGACCGAGACCCCCAGAGCCUUUUGGCAUAUAAAGCUCGUCACACUCAGCAACUGGGGAAAUGCAGGACACACGUGCAUUUAUCGGGUGCAGGUUCAUGGCAAGAGUACGAGAAUGAAAUGACAUCGACUAAGGACAUUCGGAGACAUUCUAAAAACAGCUUCC